AUGGACACUUCUGGGCACUUCCAUGACUCGGGGGUGGGGGACCUGGAUGAAGACCCCAAGUGCCCCUGUCCAUCCUCUGGGGAUGAGCAGCAGCAGCAGCAGCAGCCACCACCGCCGCCGCCAGCACCACCAGCAGCCCCCCAGCAACCCCCCGGACCCCUGUUGCAGCCUCAGCCUCAGCAGCAGCAGCAGCAGCAGCAGCAGCAGCAGCAGCAGCAACAGCAGCAGCAGCAGCAGCAGCCACCGCAUCCCUUGUCUCAGCUCGCUCAACUCCAGAGCCAGCCCAUCCACCCCGGCCUGCUGCACUCCUCUCCCACUGCUUUCAGGGCACCCCCUUUGUCCAACUCCACCACCAUCCUCCACCCUUCUUCCAGGCAAGGCAGCCAGCUCAAUCUCAAUGACCACUUGCUUGGCCACUCUCCAAGUUCCACAGCCACAAGUGGGCCUGGUGGAGGCAGCCGGCACCGGCAGGCCAGCCCCCUAGUGCACCGGCGGGACAGCAACCCCUUCACAGAGAUCGCCAUGAGCUCCUGCAAGUACAGUGGUGGGGUCAUGAAGCCCCUCAGCCGCCUCAGCGCCUCCCGGAGGAACCUCAUCGAGGCUGAGCCUGAGGGCCAACCCCUCCAGCUCUUCAGCCCCAGCAACCCCCCAGAGAUCGUCAUCUCCUCCCGGGAGGACAACCAUGCCCACCAGACCCUGCUCCAUCACUCCAAUGCCAACCACAACCACCAGCAUGCCGGCACCACCCCCAGCAGCAGCACCUUCCCCAAAGCCAACAAGCGGAAAAACCAAAACAUUGGCUAUAAGCUGGGACACAGGAGGGCCCUGUUUGAAAAGAGAAAGCGACUGAGUGACUAUGCUCUGAUUUUUGGGAUGUUUGGAAUUGUUGUUAUGGUGAUAGAGACCGAGCUGUCUUGGGGUUUGUACUCAAAGGAUUCCAUGUUUUCGCUGGCCCUGAAAUGCCUUAUCAGUCUGUCCACCAUCAUCCUCUUGGGUUUGAUCAUCGCCUAUCACACACGUGAAGUCCAGCUCUUCGUGAUCGACAAUGGUGCGGACGACUGGCGGAUAGCCAUGACCUACGAGCGCAUCCUCUACAUCAGCCUGGAGAUGCUGGUGUGCGCCAUCCACCCCAUCCCCGGCGAGUACAAGUUCUUCUGGACGGCUCGCCUGGCCUUCUCCUACACACCCUCGCGGGCGGAGGCCGAUGUGGACAUCAUCCUGUCCAUCCCCAUGUUCCUGCGCCUGUACCUGAUCGCGCGUGUCAUGCUGCUGCAUAGCAAGCUCUUCACAGACGCUUCGUCCCGCAGCAUCGGGGCCCUCAACAAGAUCAACUUCAACACCCGCUUCGUCAUGAAGACCCUCAUGACCAUCUGCCCUGGCACCGUGCUGCUGGUGUUCAGCAUCUCGCUGUGGAUCAUCGCGGCCUGGACCGUCCGCGUCUGCGAAAGGGAGAAUGAGUACCAUGACCAGCAGGACGUAACUAGUAACUUUCUGGGUGCCAUGUGGCUCAUCUCCAUCACAUUCCUUUCCAUUGGUUAUGGGGACAUGGUGCCCCACACAUACUGUGGGAAAGGUGUCUGUCUUCUCACCGGCAUCAUGGGUGCAGGCUGCACUGCCCUUGUGGUGGCCGUGGUGGCCCGAAAGCUGGAACUCACCAAAGCGGAGAAGCAUGUUCACAACUUCAUGAUGGACACGCAGCUCACCAAACGGAUUAAGAAUGCUGCAGCCAAUGUCCUUCGGGAAACAUGGCUCAUCUAUAAACACACAAAGCUAUUAAAGAAGAUUGAUCACGCCAAAGUCAGGAAACACCAGAGGAAGUUCCUCCAAGCUAUCCACCAACUGAGGAGUGUCAAGAUGGAGCAGAGGAAGCUGAGCGACCAAGCCAACACCCUGGUGGACCUAUCCAAGAUGCAGAACGUCAUGUAUGACUUAAUCACGGAACUCAACGAGCGGAGCGAAGACCUGGAGAAGCAAAUCGGGAGCCUGGAGUCCAAGCUGGAGCACCUCGCUGCCAGCUGCAAUUCCCUGCCCUUGCUCCUCGCCGACACACUGCGCCAGCAGCAGCAGCAGCUGCUCUCUGCCAUCCUGGAGGCCCGGGGCGGCAGCGUGGCGGUGGGCACCACCCGCACCCCGCUGUCCGACAGCCCAAUCGGGGUCAGCUCCACCUCCUUCCCAACCCCGUACACAAGUUCGAGCAGUUGCUAAAUAAACCUCCCCGCUCC